AUGUACACACAGUACCUCAAUUGGUAUGAUCGUAUACCUGAGGUCCUUCGACUGGGGCACAAUUUCACCCCAGCUGUGCUGUUCGCUCACAUGUACUAUCAUUUCGCGAUCCUACUCUUGUUCCGGCCUCUAAUCAAGCUACGGAUCAUUGGAUCCAAGGUUUCGCCUCGCGAUGUGUGCUCACAAGCGGCCGACGCCAUUCAAGGCCUUCUAAGAUCUUACUCUUCACUCUACACUUUGCGACGAACGCCCUCGUUCGUACCAUAUUUUGUCCUCACAUCCGCCAUCAUGCACCUAGCGAUUGGUGCAACAACUGUUGGCGGCUCGGAUACGACCGAGGCGGACAUAGAGAAAGCGGUCAAGGUGGAUCCUCGUGUGGCCGAAUCCAUCACUCAAGGUAUUUCAGACCUCACUGAGAUGGCUCCUUGCCACCAAUUCGCUGAGCAGGCUCUCAACAUACUACGCUAUUUGGCCGCAAAGUGGGACAUUGAUGUCGAGAACAACGUCGAUAAGCUCACAGCAGAAGAGUACGACCGUUUGGUGUUGCCGCAUACGGGGAGUCUCAACUUCUUCUCGCCCAACCUUAGAGAGGGAGACAUUACGUGCCAAUGGGGUGCGGGACCAUUCAUGGGAGAGCAAUCACCUUCUGUGCAGAAGACAGGAGACAAUAUGGAAAACCCCCUCUUCUGGCCUUUCCCGAUGCAAGGACGGCCGAUUCUUCCCAAUGGCAUCGAGUUGGAACAUGCAGGUUUUGCGAUCAUAUAG